AGUUCCAGACGUGUGCAACUGCAUGGAAAAGCAGCACGUCAGAGCAGAAAUGUCAUGCAGCCCAAUGACUGCAGAAGAUCGCGGCUCGGAGCUCGCCCGGGGGUAUAAAGCUGGCUGAAGGAGCAAAAGUAGAGGCGAGCUGAGCAGGAGAAGAAGGCUGUGGAAGACAGGAGCAUCCACCUGCUCCAGCUGCUCGUGUGCCGUGUUUGCAGCCUCCAAGCGCUCGGGCUGAGCGAGGGGAGAGCGGCUCUGCCCUCUUGCAAAUGAGCUGUUUCCGAAACUGUUUCCGAAUUGGAGGAGCAGAGCGACGUUUCAGAGAUGUUGUCCUGCUUCGUCUGGCUCACCCCUCCCAGCGUAGUUAACGCCUUUGUGAUCCCAGGGAAGUUGCCCCUCAAUGGGAACCUGGAGAAGACUUUUGUAAUCCGGAACAUCUCGGGUUUCUUUUCCUGGGAUAAUGACAGCCUGGCCAACUGGCAGAGCUUUGUGGACAGGAGCCGGUACGGAGCAGAGUCACAGAGCAUCACGGUGAAAGCCCUGCUCAUUGUGGCGUACGGGCUCAUCAUUUCCCUCUUUGGCAACAUCCUGGUCUGUCACGUUGUCACCAAGACGAAGCGUAUGCACUCUGCCACCAGCUUGUUCAUUGUCAACCUGGCUGAAGCCGAUAUCAUGAUCACCCUCCUCAACACACCUUUAACAUUGGCUCGUUUUGUGAACAGUACUUGGAUAUUUGGGAAGGGGAUGUGCCAUGUCAGUAGGUUUGUGCAGUACUGCUCCCUCCAUGUCUCUGCCUUGACCCUCACAGCCAUUGCUGUGGACAGGCACCAGGUUAUAAUGCACCCACUGAAACCUCGCAUAUCUACUGGAAAAGGUGUUAUCUACAUCUCUGUAAUCUGGAUCAUGGCAGCUUGUUUUUCCUUACCACAUGCUAUCUACCAAAAGCUCUUUACCUUUGAAUAUGGGUAAGGAUGUGCUUUGCUUUCCUCCAAACUCUCCCUGGAGGCCAAACUCUCAGCGGUCUUCCUUUGGGAUCUUCUAUUGAAAGCCUUUGAGCAUAUGUCAAGGU